UUUAGCCAUUUGGAAAGAAAACUUUGUCGGCCGCCCAAUCACUGUUAGGGUUUAAGAAUCCUUUCUCCCUCUCUCUCUCUCUCUGACCAUUAAGAAAUCGUUCUGUUCUAUCUAUAUCAGUCUCCAAGUCAAGAUCCCUAAUUCUCGAUGUCGAUUUCGUCGUCGGCCGGUGCCGGAAUCUUCUCCAGAUCGCAAGCCAACUCCCGACCGUUCUACGUCACGCGCCGCCCAUGGCGCGAGCUCUUGGGCGUUCCCUCGCCGGCGUCCUCCUUCGGCCGCCCCUACAGCCUCGCCGAGGCCACCGCUCGGAUGAAGCGAAACCUCAACUACUUCCGCGUGAACUAUGCCGUGAUCCUGCUGCUGGUGCUGUUCCUCAGCCUGUUGUGGCACCCUGUCUCGAUGAUUGUCUUCCUCAUCGUCUUCGCCGCCUGGCUCUUCCUCUUUUUCUCCCGCGACCAGCCUCUGGUGGCCUUCAAUCGCGCCGUCGACGACCGUGUGGUGUUGAUUUUGCUCGGCGCGGUCACGAUCGUCGCCUUGGUCUUUACUCACGUCUGGUUGAAUGUGCUGAUUUCGUUUCUGAUUGGAGCGUCGAUCAUUGCGUUACACGCGGCGUUUAGGGUUCCGGACGAUCUGUUCCUCGACGAGGAAGAAGCGGCCAGCGGCGGCCUUCUCUCAGUAGUCACCUGACUGAUCGUUUUUCCGAUAUGGUUAAUUCGUCAAAUGUGAUUUCGAGCCUCCCGAUUUGGAAGUUCAGUCGGUUUGAAAUUUGUUGGUUUGGCUUGAUUCUUGCGUUUGAUUGUAAAAGCCAAAAGAAAAAACAAUGUUUUGCUUAUUUUUCCAGUGUAAAUAAUAAAUGUGUGAAGCCAUAAUUAUGAUGUUUUCCAGAAACUUCUAA